CUGACCACUUAUCAGUUAUCAUUCAGCCACCUAACAGCCACCGUACUGCGCCACCUAGUCGGGGAAAAGGUAAAAUCAACUCGCCACGGGUCCCGCUUGCCUAAACGACGAAACUCGGUCACAAUCCCCCAGGUGACCUCUGCAAAUUGAGCAAUAUCAUAAAUACAGCCAUUGGAAUUUAGCAUCACUAGUUUACUCAAACCCGUAAAAACACACUCUUCAAUUUGGUCCUUUGUGUGUGUUCUCUUGAGACACACAUAACAAGAGGAGCUUUCCUCAAGCUUCUGGAACUCGAGAGAAGGGAGGGGAAAAAUGCAGAUCAGAAGCAUACCUCAACAAUCUCCCCUGCUUUCCCUUCAAACCCCACGUUCAAAUGUUGUCUCUCAGCCAAAAAUGUGUCGGUUCAAUGGCAGGGAAUCAAUCCUGGGUUCACUAGGAUUCAAGGUUCAGGGAAAUGGGUCUGGUUUUUCAGGUCAAAGUUUGAGGCCUUGGUCCACGGUGGAAGGUGGGAAGAAGAGAUCUUCGUUGUUGCCUUAUUGCAUUGGCUCGAGCAACAAGCUUUUUGGAGACCAUGAGCAGCCGGAAGGAAGUAGUGGUAGCAGUUAUGUGCCCAAAGUUGCAUCAGCAGCAGAUUUUGGUGGGGAGGUGAGGGAAAGAGAAGAUGAUGGAGAAGAAGGGUUUGAGAGGCAGAGUUUGUGGAAGCAGCUGAAACAGAUUGUGGAGUUUUCAGGGCCAGCCAUGAUCAUUUGGUUGUCUGCUCCAGCUAUGAGCCUUGUUGACACUGCUGUUGUUGGUCGUGCCAGUUCCAUUGAGCUUGCUGCUUUAGGACCUGCAACUGUGCUGUGUGACUAUGUGAGACUUGUGUUUGUGUUCCUUUCGGUUGUCACCUCAAACAUAAUUGCUGUUUCACUUGCCGGACAGGACAAAGAAGAAGUUCAGCACCAGAUAUCUAUCCUUCUAUGUGUUGGGUUGACUUGUGGGCUGCUGUUGCUUUCAUUCAUCAAAUUCUAUGGUGCAUGGGCACUUACUGCUUUUGCAGGACCCAAGAAUUCACAUAUUGUUGCUGUAUCGAAUGGGUACAUUCAGAUUCGAGCACUGGCAUGGCCUGCUGUGCUUGUAGGGUUGGUAGCUCAAGGUGCAAGUCUUGGGAUGAAAGAUUCCUUGAGACCCAUGAAAGCUUUGGCAAUUGGUGGUGUCCUAAAUGCCAUUGGUGAUGUGGUUUUAUGCAACAUGUUAGGGUAUGGGAUUCGAGGUGCUGCUUUUGCUGCAAUUAUCUCACAAUUUGUUGCAGCUUAUGUGAUGAUUGAAGGCCUGAACCAGAAAGGUUACAAUGCCUUUGCCAUCAAGGUUCCUAAGCUUGAUGAACUCAUUACUAUACUUAGACUUGGUACCCCGGUGUUUGUGACAACAAUGUCAAAGAUGGCCUUUUACUCUGUGAUGAUAUAUGUUGCAACGUCCAUGGGGACAUAUUCGGUUGCAGCUCACCAGGUAAUGGUCCAAAUAUUCACCAUGUGUGGAGUAUGUGGUGAGCCUCUCUCGCAAACCUCUCAAUCAUUCAUGCCUGAGUUGAUCUAUGGUGCCAACAGAAACUUGGCCAAGGCUAGAAGUCUGCUGAAGUCCAUAGUUUCACUAGGGAUGAUGGUUGGAUUGGUUCUAGCUGCCAUUGGGACAGCGGUUCCUUUGUUGUUCCCAAACAUCUUCACACAGGACCAAAUGGUCGUUGGAGAGAUGCACAAGAUAGUGGUACCUUACUUCAUUGCAUUGGCCAUCACGCCUUUCAUUCAGACCCUCGAGGGAACCUUGCUGGCAGGGAGGGACCUCAGAUUUUUGAGCUUGUCAAUGACGAGCUGCUUCUCUUUAGGCGCCGUGGUGCUCGUGCUUGUGAGCAGCAAAGGUUAUGGUCUACCAGGCUGCUGGUUUGCCCUUGUGGGAUUUCAAUGUGCAAGGCUUUUCCUGGCUUUCCGCCGGCUUCUGUCUCCCAACGGCAUGCUCUACUCCGAUGAUCAAAGCAAAUACAAGCUAGAGAACCCGAAAGCUGCUUAAAGUUUGAGUGAGUUAUUACUCCUUUUCCAUACAACCUUACUGGAAAAGCUAGAGACUUUUUUAGGCAUCACAUCAUCCCAGCAGCCCUUCUUGCCCUUGUAAAAGACAUGGAAACUUGAAGGAGUUGCCUAGUCAGCCACCUUUGAGUCUGGGUUUUUGUUGGCCGCUGUAUUUGUUAUCUGUACUGUAACCGUCCACAAUGGCACAAUGUAGAAUGUGUAUAUAUCAUGUAAUGCACUGCACGUCUAAUAAGAUUGAUGUUCUUUU